GCAAGCUGCGAUCUAACCGAUUCGGACGCGACAGUUUGAAGUGAUAGUAACGUUGUCGCAGUGGGACGGAAUUCUCCGUGAAGCAGCUUCCUUCUCUUACUUUUCUCGGUCGAAUUAGCACCACGCCAGCGCAUUCAUUGUUCUUGAGCAUCGGCCCAAAAAAAUUCGACUAGACCGGCGAUGCCGAAAAUGGACAUUGUAGGUGAUAACCCAGUACAAGACUCCUUGCUCAUGGGCUGCUAGACAGAUUUACCUCGAUAUAAAGAGCACACAGCACAUCGUUAGAACCAUUCACUUAGCAUGCUGUGUUCUGCACUCUGAAAACUCACAAGGUAAAUUGGCUGGUGCUGCGUCGGCCUUCUGUCCCAUUCCGGCAUAUCUUUGUUCUAGAUUACCCAUGUGCAAGGGCGAGCUCCAACGCUAGCUUCUUAUUCUGAGUUAAAUUUCCAGCGCCAUCAUGAGUACCUCCAAUCGUUCGACCGGAAAGAGACUGCCUAUAAGCUGCCAGGCAUGCCGAACGAGGAAAAUCCGCUGCUCUCGUGACGGACGUCCAUGUCAGACCUGUGUUCGUCGUGGUCUGGGUGCAGAGGACUGUAUUUACCUGGGUCAGCCGAGACUCGCUUCCCAACAAGCCAUGACGGCUGCUCCACCUGACCAGAAUGAGAUGCUUGCACGUAUCAAUAGCCUCGAAGAGUUGCUUCACGAACAGGUUCACAUUCAGUCCAACGACGUUAUGUCACCCCAGAGAUCGCCCAGCGGGACCGAAAGUGGAGCCGAGUAUGAGCCUGCGUUUGAUGUUAGAUCCCGAGAACCCAGAUCCCGAUUACCCAGUGGCGCAGGCACUCUACAGACAUUCAAUGCCGGAUACGUUCGUUACUUGCCGUGGGUGAACAGUCCUCCGAUCUUCAGGGGCCAGUCAGCACCCAAUGUCGAGACCGAGAUCCCAGACGAGAGCGAUGAUCUGCAGCUGCCAUUCGCCAAGAUUCGUGUGUCUCGGGAUGAGCUGUUAGCAAUACUACCCCCACGCCGAUAUUGCGAUGCGCUCAAGGACAUCUACCUACGAGUCUUCUCGCCUCUGUUCCAUGUUCUUCACGACCUCACCUUCGAAACCGAGUACCAACAAUUCUGCCACGACGCCAACAGUGUCACCACCGCAUGGAUCGCGCUUCUGUUUGCGAUUCUUUCUAUUGCUGUCACGGCACUCGAAGACGAUGAGAUUUUGCUCUCCGACAUUGGGCGCGAGAAGACGGCGAGUCGAAAUGUCAAGGCAUUAUCUGCACGCUAUCGGUCGGCCUCACUGCGAUGCCUGGCAGCAGAUAAUGUUCUUUCUCGACACUCGAUCCACUCGCUCCAAUCUCUGAUCCUCGUCAACUAUGCUCGAGUCCACCGUGGCCUUCCCAUCUGGACUCUGCUAGGGUUUUCGCAUCAUGUAGCCAUCUGCAUGGGCUGCCACGUUGAUCCCAGCCGAUUCGAUCUCGGACUCAUCGAACAGGAGGAGCGCAGACGUGCCUGGAUGGGGCUCACCUCGCUAUUUACUGUCCAGAGCAUAGUCUCUGGCUGUCUUCACAACACCAUCACACCCAAUGAUGUGAAGCCGCCCUUAGACAUUAACGAUGUUGACUUGCUGACGGGUUCUUUCUCGGGACAACCAGCGCACCCAACGCACAUGACGUACCUGCUAUUAGAAUCUCAUCUCAACCGAGUUCUGAUGAUGGUAUGCGAUGCGCUGUUCAAUACGUCCCCGAGGUUUGGCCCCUACCAGCUCGAAACUCAGAUCCAAUCUGUCCGUGAGAUGUGCGACCAGCGGUACAAGCUCAAUUCCAGCCUCGAGCCCCCCUCGCCGCCACACCAGGCCAACCUAAACAUCCUCUACAGCAGCAUUCACCAGCUCCUUCUCCUCCUUUUCCGCCCCAGUCUCUGCGCCUACUUGCAAGGCGAGUUCACCCCCGAGACAUAUGCGGCGCGGACCAAAAGCGUCUCCUCCGCCCGGGCCUCGCUGGCCAUCUACCAAGCCCUCCACGAGUCGCCCGUGUACGCCUCCUACAAGUGGUACAACAGCUACCUCGGCAGUUUCCACGCCUUCCACGCGGCCGUCGCGCUCUCCGUGACGCUGCUGUCCCCGGAAACCCAGUUCGAGUUCGACGAAUCCAAGACGAUCCUCUGGGACGCCCUCGAGACCUUUGCCGCUCUCUCCAACCGCAGCAAUUUCUGCAGCAAGGCCGUGCCCGUUCUGCGUCAGAUCAUUGAAACAACCUGCACCCACGGCCAACAAGCCCUCGCAUCGCUGGUCGGUCUAGACCCCCAUACCGCAGGCCUGAUCAACCCCCCCGGUGACUUCGUGCCCUUCCCCCCGAUGCAGCGAAUCCCCGAGACACUCCUCGCGCAACUCCAGCCGCAGAACUGGAUCAGUCCGGCGUCGGUCCCGUGGGAUGGGUGGGGGAUCCCUAAUAAAUGAAAGAUUGGUUGGUGGCAACGAGAGGGAGACAGACUGGCUGGCGGUGAACAUGAACAGAAAGAAGGGACUGUUCUGUCCCAUGUGCAGUGCCAACCACUAGCAAAGUGUGAUUUGAUGAUCCAGGCCUAAAGACAGUAGUUUAGUG